GGGCCGAGCCGCGCGCCCUGAUCCCGUCCCCCCGGGGGGGAGGAGGGGACGCGCGGACGGGCCGCCUCGCCCCUCGCCGCCCCUCCCCGCGCCCGCCCGGCUCCCGCGCGCUUCCCCCGGCCCGGCCCAGCAUGACCGGAGUCUUCGACAGCCUGGCGGCCGACAUGCACUCCACCCAGAUCUCCGCCUCCAGCGCCUACCACCAGCAGCCGCCGCCGCCGAGCGGGGCGGGCGCCGGCCCCGGGGGCAGCGGCGGGCUGCACAAGCCGCAGGAGUCGCCCACCCUGCCCGUGUCCACGGCCACCGACAGCAGCUACUACACCAACCAGCAGCACCCGGCGGGCGGCGGCGGCGGCGGCGGCGGCGGGGGGGCCUCGCCCUACGCGCACAUGGGCUCCUACCAGUACCACGCCGGCGGCCUCGGCGGCGUCCCCUACCCCGCCAAGGGCGGCUACGACCUGGGCUACACCGCCGCCUACUCCUCCUCCUACGCGCCCUACGGAACCAGCCCGUCCCCGGUGCACAACGAGCCCGACAAGGAGGACCUGGAGCCCGAAAUCCGGAUCGUGAACGGGAAGCCAAAGAAAGUCCGCAAGCCGCGCACCAUCUACUCCAGCUUCCAGCUGGCCGCCCUGCAGCGGCGCUUCCAGAAGACCCAGUACCUGGCGCUGCCCGAGAGGGCCGAGCUGGCCGCCUCCCUGGGCCUCACCCAGACUCAGGUCAAAAUCUGGUUCCAGAACCGCCGCUCCAAGUUCAAGAAGAUGUGGAAGAGCGGCGAGCUCCCGGCCGAGCAGCACCCCGCCGCCGCCGCCUCCCCGCCCUGCGCCUCCCCGCCGGCGCCGGCCUCCUGGGACUUCGGGGCGCCGCCGCGGGCGGGGGGCGGCGGGCCGGGCGGCGGCGGCGGCGGCGGCGGCGGCGCGGGCAGCGCGGCCUCCAGCCCCAGCAGCGCCGCCUCGGCCUUCCUGGGCAGCUACCCGUGGUACCACCAGGCCUCGGGCCCCGCCUCGCACCUGCAGGCCGCGGCGCCGCUGCUGCACCCGUCGCAGACCCCGCAGGCCCAACACCACCACCACCACCACCACCACCACCACCACCACCACGCCGGCGGCGGGGCCGCCCCGGUGAGCGCGGGGACGAUCUUCUAACCGCGAGGGCGCGGCGCCCCCCCGCCCGCCACCGCCGCCGCCGCCACCCAGCCGCGCUGGAGAGGGGGUGCCCGGGAGGCCCCCCGCGGGGCCACCCCUCGAAACGCCACGGAGCAACGGGAAAAGGAAAAAAAGAAGAAGAAAAGAGGAGGCCGCGUGGGAUCCUCCAGCGCCCCCGGCCCCAUGGAGGCCCACCCCGGACUUGCCGGCCCCCUCGGCGUGAUCCGCUCCUCAGGGUCGUCGGUCUGUCCAGCCCCCCCCCGGCUGGGUCAGGCCCAGGGACGCCUCCCCGCCCUCGAGGCCCCCCCGGCCCUCAGAGGCUCCUCUUUCCUCCCCUGCCUGCCCCGGGGCUCCGCGCCAGUCGGCUCCGGUUCUUGACGUCCACGGGUCCUGCCCCACCCCCACGUACCCCGCGACCCCCGAGCCCACCGGCUUUUUUUUUCUCUCUGGGGGAGGGGAGGGAGCGGCUCCCCGCUCUCGAGACCCCAGAUUCUUUUCCGGCUUUCCCCAGGAACACUCCGGUAGCUCCUCGUCCAUCACCAUGGAGUUUUUUUAUUUUUAUUUUUUUAAAAGUUUAGGUGCCUUUGCGGAUGACCUCAUUUUGAUGUUUAAAAAAAAACUGAUUUUUUUAAUAUGUGGACGCUGCAAAAAAAAAUGUGUUUAAAUUAUCUUUUUUAAGAUGAAUUAAGGACUAUUAACCCGGACCUCGACACAGAGUUUGUAAAUAAGGGUGUCUGUGCGGAUUUUCCCACAUUUAUUUGUACAAAAUUUCUCAUCUUUUCAGACUUUUUUGUAAACCCCCCAGUUGUGAAAACUGCGGCCUAGCAGUGACCUCGGCAACCCCUUCUCUUUUUUUCCCCUUUGAAAUUUUUUCUCAGUUAAAUUAAGCUACUGAUUUGAAUUUGUUUUUAUCUUGUCCUAAAGUCUUUGUUCUUGAAAUGCAAGGUAUUUGGGGGUUAUUUAUUACGAAAGCAACAUACUCUUAAUGUUGAUUUUACAAUAUGAAGAGAUUAUUUAAAUAAAUUAUUGUUU